GGUGUGCCCCGAUACUAGUGCAGGUUUGAUGACACACGUAACGCCACAGAGCCAGUUGUCGCAGACGGAGAGAGGAUAGCCAUGGGGAAGACAGGUGGAAGAGGCGACUUUGAAUGGGUCUACACUGACCAGCCGCACACUUCAAGAAGAAAAGAAAUUCUGGCCAAAUAUCCAGAGAUCAAGUCUCUGAUGGGUCCAGACCCCCAGCUGAAGUGGGUGGUAUCGGGCAUGGUCCUAACUCAGCUCCUGGCCUGCUACCUGGUCCAUGACCUCUCCUGGAAGUGGAUCUUUUUCUGGGCCUACGCCUUCGGAGGCUGCAUCAACCACUCUCUGACUCUGGCCAUCCACGACAUCUCUCACAAUGUGGCCUUUGGCAACAAGCAUGCGAAGUGGAACCGUUGGUUUGCCAUGUGGGCCAACCUGCCCAUCGGGCUGCCCUACUCCGCCUCCUUCAAGAAGUACCACAUCGACCACCACCGAUACCUGGGGGGUGACCAGCUGGAUGUGGACAUCCCUACAGACUUUGAGGGAUGGUUCUUCUGCACCCCAGCCAGAAAGAUCCUCUGGCUCUUCCUCCAGCCGCUUUUCUACGCCCUGCGUCCAUUGGUGGUCAAUCCUAAGCCAGUGGGUGCGCUAGAAAUACAAAAUGCAGUAGUUCAGCUCACAGCAGACGUCAUUAUAUACUAUUUCUGGGGGCUGAAGCCUAUCGUUUAUCUCAUUGCUGGAUCUAUUUUGGGCAUGGGACUUCAUCCUAUCUCCGGACAUUUCAUAGCUGAGCAUUACAUGUUCCUGAAGGGACACGAGACAUAUUCCUACUAUGGAUCACUGAAUUUGAUCACCUUCAAUGUUGGGUAUCACAUGGAGCACCACGACUUCCCCAGCAUACCUGGCAGUAAACUACCUCAGGUUAAGCAAAUCGCAGCGGAGUAUUACGAUUCCCUGCCCCAACACACUUCCUGGACCCGGGUAUUAUGGGAUUUCGUAUUUGAUGACAGCAUUGGUCCCUAUGCCAGAAUCAAACGGGAGUACAAGUUGAGCAAGCAGGAAUAGAUCUUUGACUGAUUAUAUUUCCCACCAUGCAGGAAUGUGAACUUCAGUUGUCAAAUAUUCACAGAUAAAAUAUCAUUAUAUUAGUUUAAAUGUGCAAUGUUGUCACUGUAUGUAAAGUUAAUAAUAUGUUCAACAUACGUCUAAUUAGUCCUGCUAUCGGUAUGGCAAAUGCAUGUGCACAUGUUAGUUGCAUAUAAACACGGUUUAUGAGAACGGUAUUUCAGCGUGUGUCGCUGAAUGCCUCGUUAUUUAUUUAUGUGCGCAUUCCUGCUUUAAACACAUGGCCCAUUGUCAGUCAGAUGGCAUAGACGUGGAACAUAUAUGUUCACCUAUGAGUGGAGACAACGCACACUAACAAAUACAUUUUAUUAUUACAAUUUUUUUUACAAGACAAAGGUCACUUACAUUCCUAUGAGGUUGUUCAUAAAUGAUACUACCUCCCUUUUCCUCAGACUUCUUAAUAUAGUGCGAUUCAAGCUAAGUUUUGUCACAUCGGCUAAUAUGAAUUUACAUCCAUCGUGCAUAAUGGUGCUGAAGUGGAACAUGAGCAUUGAAACUUACUUUUUGGUAAGAGGAGCCUUUUCUUCAGUGACGCCCCGUUCUGCCUGUUUGUGGCUUCUUUGUGAUGUAAACCACCAAUUACAUGCGCCGGGAGUGGACAAAAUAACAGAAACUGUAUAGCAGGUAGAAAACAGGUGGGAGACUUGGGAGUCUGUGUUGCUCACUAAUGAUUUGACAGAUUUGUCAACAGCAAAGGUUGCAUCGUGCAAUCACACAUUAAGCUAUCGCACAUAUAAAGCUAAGUUUUAUGUGAUUGGGUACAGUGGUGAAAACAGGCCGUACUGCCUGAUUUGAUGCUGCAUCCAGCAUAAAUUCUAAAAUAUAGCAGGAAAAAGGGCCAAGAGAUUCAAAAUGAACAGCUGUGACAAGUGAACCUUUACCAACACUCAUUUAAAGUUACUUUAUAGUUUGUCACCCUGAACGGCAAGUCAGCACUUAUGAAUUAAAACCUGACAAGCUUUACCAAAUGAGUAUUUACUACAGGGCUACUCUAAAGUUCUGUUAUUUUGUCCACCCACUCUAUGUGCAACUUAAUGUAUGUGUUGAUUUACAAGCGUGAUAUAGAGGGUAUGCAUUGACGUCACUGCCACCCGGAGCCGCGCCCCCUGAGUGGCUAAAACAUGGUGAAACCUAUAAUACAGCGUGAGGAAAAUGUGGAUUAUCAGAUGAAAUGAGGACAAUUUAACUCGAGAACGAUCCAUACGAAAUAGUAUGGAUUUGGAAAAGUGGAUUAGCCUCAGUUUCAGUUAGUUUUAGUUCAUUUCAGUUUAAUGUAGUUAAACAAAAGAUGCUAACACUCAGAAGUAAGCUUUACUGAGAAGCAACUUUAGCCAUACAAUACUGUAGCGUUAAAAGGAUGACGAGGAGUGGUCAUAAAUAUUCCUUUUAUUGAUUUAGUGUUAUUUGUUGUUGUUACUGUCCACAGAUGUGUGUAUAUAUAUGGUUACUGUCGGCCGUAAUUAGCCAAAACAACAACACCGACGAACACAUAAUAGCCCUCCUGAACAUAACUUAAUUAACUUAAGGUAUGACUUCAUGAAAAAAAAUACCGAAUAAAUUAAUAUAACCUGACAUAAAAUGUGAAACACAACACCAGGUUUCGGUGCCUGUAGCGAUCUUCUUUUGUUUGGCGGUCGGAUCUGUAAAAAUAUAUCUGCUUUUCAGAUCUGUUGGUACAGCCAAUCGCACAACAGCUCGUCAUUUUUAACUAGACACUAUUAAAACCUACAAUUCAAACUAAUGCUGCUAAUCUCUAUGAUCCACUGUCACUUUUUGCCACUCAGCAGCUGCAACCAUGGAGACUUCGCUGGAUGUGACGUCACAUGCAUACCCUCCAUAGUUUCAAUGUAAAAAGUCUUUAUAUAAAAAAAAAUAUAUUCAUGGCA